CUUUGGGUAUUUCAGUCCAGCCCCGCGCUGAGUCAGAGCCACAUUUGUUGUGGCUUAUUAAAUAGCUGUCAUGGCAACCGCAAUUCCCAGUACCCAAGACCCAAGGCCCAGCGACCGGAAGGCAGAGCCUAACCAAAAUUGAGCCCUAGACACAGGCCACAACAAACCGAAAGGAUUUCUCAAAUUAAAACUCAUCAAAGAACUAAAAGCAAAAGAGAUCGAAAUAAAAAUAAAUCAAGCAGCAGCAGCAGAAGAAAUCAUUAGCAGACAACAAGAAGAGAAGCAACAGCAGCAGGAGGAGGCGACAGCGGGGCGUGGCGGUCAAGGAAUGACACGCAUCCGGUUUUAAAAUUCCAACCGACCACAAGUUGAAGAAGAAGAGGAGGAAGACAAGCGAAGGCAGCUGCCCAAAGGAAUUCAAACACUUGAAAUUAAGAGCAGAGCGAAAUAAAGGCCUUUUCGGUUGGGUGUCCCCGCCAAAUGACGCCAGCUGCGACGCUAGCCGCGACGCCGGCUGCGACGCUGGCCACAUUGGAGCUGCAAUAUUUUCGUGCCGUCUCGCUCUAUCGCCGGCGCAGCUACGAGCAAUGCGCCGAGGUGUGCAACGCGCUUCUCCAAGCGGGCCACGACAACAAUGUCCAACUCUUUGCCAAGCACGAGCAGCAGCAGCAGCAGGAGGAGGCGCAGCAAGAGCAACAGCAGCAGCAGCAGCUGCAGCAGCAGCAGACGGAGCACGAGUCCAGUCAGGGCUAUAAAUACGGUAGCCAUUUGCAGCGAAUUGGCCCGCGGCGAAGACGCGGCGAAGCGGCAAAGGAUGGCGGCACAGGCCAGCCCGUGGCAUCCAUAAUGCCCACUUGGCUGAUGGAGGGCGUCUGGCAGCUGAAGAUGCGCGCGCUCACACAGCGCGUCUACUUGGACGAUCUGGAGGUGGACGAUGCGGCCGAUGGGGUCAACGAGGAGGUGGAAUUCGAGCGCAUUGCCACAGCAGCUCGUCCCGGCACCAGCAUCAAGACCGCCUUUCAGCCACGGCCCAGCACCAGUCAACGACGUGGCACGGCUCUGAGUCACUCGAGCGGCAGCACACGUCCCGGCUCGGCAUUGACGCGCCCGGGCACGGCCAUCAGUCGACCGGGCUCCUCGCUGGGCGCACGUCCCGCCUCGAGAUGCGGCACCGCGUCCCGGGUGCGCGCCACCUCGGCGGCCGCCUUCAAUGUGGGCGAUGCGACGGCCGCGUUGUACCAGGCCUCGCGGCUGAAUCCCACCAUCUAUGCGGAGAGGGAGGCCAUUGUGAAGGCGCUGUUCCAGUUCCUCUACUACCACGAGGCGGACGUGCAGAAGGCGCAUUCGCUCUGCCAGGCCGUGCUCGAUGUGCAGCGUCAGAGACCAGGCCAGGCGGCACUAGCUCCGCCGGCGGAUGCCGCCUGCACUGACUGGUGGUGGCAGCAGCAGAUGGGCCGCUGCCUGCUGGCUCUGCACUAUCCACGCCGUGCCGAGAGCCAUCUGCAGCAGUCGCUGGCAGCCUUUCCGCAUCCGGAUACGUAUCUCCUGCUCUCGCGACUGUAUCAGCGACUGCGGCAGCCGGAGCGCGCGCUGGUGCUCAUCGGCCAGGCUGCGGAGCGACAGCCAUUCGAUGUGACCUUCAGGCUGGAGCAGGCACGCAUUCACGCAGCCAUGUCCCAGUCGGAGGAUGCACUGCAGCUGUACCGCCUGGCCGCCCGGCUGCAGCCCAUCAAUGUGGAGGCCUUGGCCAGCAUUGCCGUCAGCUACUUCUACGACAACAAUCCGGAGAUGGCACUGAUGUACUACAGACGCAUCCUCUCCCUGGGCGUCCACAGCGCGGAACUCUACUGCAAUAUAGCCCUCUGCUGUCUCUAUGGCGGGCAGAUUGACCUGGUGCUGCCGUGCUUUCAACGCGCCUUGCUGAUGGCCACGCAGCCGGAGCAAAAGGCAGACAUUUGGUACAAUCUCAGCUUUGUGGCAUUGACAUCGGGUGACUUUAACCUGGCCAAACGCUGCCUGCAGCUCUGCCUCACCGCCGACGCACGCGACGGCGCAGCGUUGAAUAAUUUGGCUGUGCUGGCUGCCCACGGCGGGGAUGUAAUGGGUGCCAAGUCCUAUCUGAAUGCGGCCAAGGACGUGCUGCCCGAGGCGAGCGAGGUGAACGCCAAUCUGCAGUACAUGGAACUCAACUACAAGCUUUAGAUCUCAGUUUAUUUUGCACACGAAUAAAGAUACUAAGAGAAAUGGAAUCAUGGUCUUUGG